AGUAUUGGCUGAGUGCCAGACGUUCGUAGUGACCUGGGACGGCUGGGACACCAGUAGCAAGACUUCCCUCCAUGGCCGCAGCAAAGGAGGUAGCCAAGAUGGUCAUCAAAGAGGAUCAAAGCUGGCUGGUCAAGAAUUUGGAUACUGGAGAAGUGAGGUAUGUCACCGACCACGAGCAGUUCGAACGGCCCAUGGACCCCAAGCGCUUACCCAAGGAUCGGAAACCCUGGCAGCAAUGGUGGCAUGAACAAAGAUGCCAAGACCAGAAGCUGCUGAGUGCCAGCCAGUUGGGCGAUGCUGCGGGCUGCAUGGCGCUGCUCAGAGCAGCCCCGCCCGCGCGGGCCAAUGCCAUCGAUGGGCCCACCGGCCGCAGUGCCCUUCACCUGGCUUCGGCCAACGGCUCCGCGGAGAUCGUCCAGGUCUUGCUGCAAGCGCACGCCACGCCGGAGCACCGCAGCUUCCAAGGGCUCACCCCUUUGCAUGUCUCUGCCUUUCAAAGCAACCUGCAGGUGACGAAGGUGCUCCUAGCACACCGAGCGGAUGCCAAUGUGCCCAGCCAGGAUGGUCACCUGCCACUUCAUUUGGCCUCAAAGCCCGAGAUGCUCUUGGAGUUGGAGUCCUUGACGUGGUCGGAUGGUUACCAACGUACUGCAGAUGCCACUGGCACGUUGCGGCGCAAUGGAAGGUUCGACGCCGUGCAGCGCCUGUUGACGAGGAGGAGCGUGGAAGGGGAGGCACCGGAAGCUGAGCGUCCUUCUCGCCGGUCCUUGGAAUCGGUCGGCAGCACCGGAAGUCGAACCAGCUCCUCCAGUUGCUUCACCCGGCUUCGCGACAGCGAGCGAGAGCCGGUGAAUCCCAAGUCCUUUGAGUUCCUGGUGCGGUUGGGUCGCGGAGCCUUUGGAGAGGUCUUCCAAGUGAGGCACAAGGUCACCGGAAAGAACUAUGCCAUGAAGGUCCUCCACAAGGAGAGGAUCAUGAGCAGCAACUUGCUGCGCUACGCAAUGACCGAGCGGAACAUCCUCUCCUACAUCCAGCAUCCCUACAUUGUAUCUUUGCAGUACGCAUUUCAAACACAAAAGCAUUUAGUGCUAGUGAUGCAGUUCUGCCCCGGUGGAAACCUGCAGCAGCUCAUCCAACGAUACCGCGGUGGCCGAGAUCGCUUCCCUCCUCCCUUGGCCCAGCUAUACCUGGGCGAGGUGCUGUUGGCCUUGAAGCACCUUCAUGCGAGGAAAAUCAUCUACAGAGACUUAAAGCCUGACAAUGUGGUGUUGGACACCCAGGGCCACGCUCUGCUGACGGACUUUGGACUCUCCAAGGACGGAGUGCAACGGCAUUUGGGCACCCGCACCCACUGCGGAUCGGUGGCCUAUAUCGCUCCAGAGGUCCUGCUGCGACAGAAGUACAACCACACCGUUGACAUCUACAACCUUGGUGUGCUUUUGUAUAACAUGCUCAUUGGGUUACCGCCCUUCUUCCAUCACGAGAAAGAGAUCUUGCAGAGAAACAUCAUGUAUGCACCGCUGGAUCUGCCGAGGGCUGUCUCCUUUGCUGCCCGAUCCUUCAUCCACGGCACCAUGGUGCGCGAGCCGCGCAACCGGCUCGGUGCCUCCUCGACGGAUGAGCUACAGCGCCACGACUACUUCGCAGACAUGGAUUUUGAGUUGCUUCAGCAGCGAAAGGUGCCGUUGCCCGAACAGCUGCCAGAUGGAGAGCCGAAGAUGCCGUCGAAGCCAGGCUCCACUCCCAAACUGCCACGGAGCUGUUCCGGCGUGGCUGGAUGGGACUUCGAAGCACCCAAGGCCACCGAGACCUGCAUGCCCCGGAGGCCGCGCAGCUGGCGCCUCCGCGUCUGUGGUCUACGCUGGUGACCCACCAAAUUGCCAGAGACUGUCUCCAGUCGUUCCGGCACGCGAAAAGGCAUUCGAUCGCUACAGAGAGAGCCAUAUAGAGAGAGAGAGAGAGAGAGCUGUAUUUAUUGUUUCGCAAC